CGUCAAGUUGUGGUGAAAAACUUUUGUUAUUGCUGUGCAAUUUUAUCUGAAAAAUCAUGGAAAAUCCCAGGGAAAUGGACCAAGUGGCCAGCAAACUCACGCGCCCAGUCAACAAAGCCACCGAAGGCAUUAUUCCCAAGCUGGAGAAGAUGACAAAGCCGCAGCUUCUUGAGCUGCGCGACAGACAAAUGCAUCUUCUGCAGAACAAGAAUCGUCUGCAGCGACUGCCGGACAGAGGGAGGCGAAUCCAGGAGAUGCACGAGAGGAUUGAGAAGCGCUUGCGAGAAUUGGACACUGUUGAGGAAGCGGCGAGGAUGUUUUCCGACUUGAAUAUCGCCUCUCGUGGCCAGAAAAGCCUGACGAAUCUCGAGUGGACUGGCAAGUGUCAUCCUCAGAUGGACUACACGGUGGACAGUGAUGAUGAUGAGGCGCCAGAUCCGCUGAAAGUUCUCGCGCAGAGCAGAAAUCUCGCGAAAACGGUGAAGAUUGUCAAGGAAACGCCGCUAAUCACUCAGGAAGACCUGAAAGAGAUCAAAUCCUUCUCUGACCAUGUGCAGAAACCACCUCAAUCCGAUGAAUCUCGCAGUGCUUCCUCAAUGUCCGGAACUUCCGCUGAUCUGGACGCUCAUGCGGCGCUUCUGUGCGAGAAGGAACAAUCCAGGGAGGUGAAGAGCAAGUUCCGGCCCUACCAGACCACCAAGAGCGACGUGCACAAGCCAGAGGCCGAGAUGGAGCGCAGAGCGAGGAAGCAGUGGGAUUUGAGCGCAGUCGCGCCGCCUCAACUCACGCAUCCGGGCGUCAAGAUGCUUUCCCUGCACGAAUCCCUGGAGCUGCAGCUGCGCAAGCAGGAGGAACUGAAGACGCUGGAGCGGCAGCAAGCCGAGGCGAGACUCCAGAAGUCGCUGAAGAUGGUUUCCAGUGACUUCCAAGCCAAAGAUCUCAGUCAGUUCUUCAAAACCUACCGCGAAGUGCCUGAAUCUGACUCAUUGUCUGAUCUCUCGGCGUCCAGUGAAUCCCUGGCGCUGGCCAGUGACGAUGAAGUGCAGGACAUCGACGCUGUGGAGCCUUCGGGAGGAGUUGUAGUGAAAUUUAGCCAAUAA